CUCAGACACCGCAUCUGUGCUCCGUGCCAAGGGACUGUGCAGAGGCACUCGACACCCGCAAGGUGUGUGACACUGUCCCCGACUGGAGAGAUGAAGCUGCUCCUGCUACUGCUCCUCCUGCUGGGAGCUGUCUCUGCCCGCCACCUGGCGGACAAUGCCCCCCCUCCAGAGAGUCUGGACACCCAGGCCGACCUAAGCCAAGACCGGGACUGCUCCGGGGAGCAGAAGGGAGAGCUGGCACUGCAUAGGGAGGAGAUUCCACCAAGGGAAGAGGAGGCCGAAGCUUCUGACUGUCAAGAGACUUUUGAGGAUGAGGAUGACCUGGAUUCAGACCCUGCUGCCUCAGGGGACUUUGAGGGCCCCAAGGAAGAGGACACAGUUCAAUUGCAGGGCACUCCUAGGCGCUAUGUGUUUGUGAGGACGCCCCAGACAUUCUCCAGAGCUCAGAAAACGUGCAGGAAGAGGUACCGGGGCCACCUCGUUUCCAUCCACAACUUAAGAACCAAUAAUGAACUCAGCUGUUUGGCCAAUUGGGUUAACCAAAGCCAGGUCUGGAUAGGAGCGAUUCGAAGGCACUGGAUCCUGGGCAGAAAAUUUAAGUGGACAGAUAGGAGCAAUUGGAAUUUUGCACGCUGGGCCCCAGGACAGCCACGGAGAGGAAAAGGACGUUGUGUUGCCCUGAGCACCCAAGGGGGCCUUUGGAGGCGAGCUCCUUGCAAAAUUAAGCUGCCUUUCAUCUGCGCUGCAUAAGCCAGAGGUUCUGGUUCCAGUUCCAGCAGUUCCGGUUCCGGUCCCACCUCCCUGCCCUGGGGCUUCCUCCCUCUCUCUGUUCUGGGGCAGUUGGCUCCAUCGCUCAGCUUCUCCAUCAACCUA